GGCACGGCUGAGCGCCAAUGGACCCGAGCCACGGCGGGCCAGGGGAUGAGGAAGGUGGCCCGGGCGCCGGGCCCCCGCGAGCCCUGCUGUGGGAACAGAUCGAGCCAACAUCCCACCACUUGUCCCCUGAGGAGGUAAGAAUCGGAGUGUUUCCGGGGCGCAGAGGGGUGCUGGGAAGCAGCCCUGCAUCCUCCCAGACACCCCCCUAGGCUGCUGGCCGAGGCUGGGUCUCAACCCCCUCCCCUCCGCUGCGCGUGUGGACGCCUGGUCCCCACCUUGGGCAUGUGCCGUGAGUGCCAGGGGUGGCUGGUGGGGCUCAGACCUUGUGGUGGGUGGACGGGGGUUCCCAAGGUGACCCUGCUGUGUCUCAGCGGGCCCUGCUCUACGAGGAAGCUCUCUACACGGUCCUGUACCGCCUGGGUCAGCCCGAGCCCACCCAUGUCGGGGAGUCCUCUGAGCUGCUGCGAUACCUGCAGGAGGCCUUCCGUAUGGAGCCCCAGGAGCACGAGCAGAUGCUGCGGCAGGUCCAGGAGCUCGAGAAACCAAUAUUCUGUCUGAAGGCCACGGUGAAACAAGCCAAGGGCAUUCUGGGCAAGGAUGUCAGUGGGUUCAGUGACCCCUACUGCCUGCUGGGCAUCGAGCAGGGGGUGGGUGUGCCGGGGGACAGCCCUGGACUCCAGCGGCGGCAGAAGGCCGUGGUGAGGCACACCAUCCCGGAGGAGCAGAUCCACCGCACCCAGGUCAUCACCCAGACACUCAACCCCGUCUGGGACGAGACCUUCAUCCUGGAGUUUGAGGACAUAAGCAAUGCCAGCUUUCGUCUGGACAUGUGGGACAUGGACACCGUGGAGUCCGUCAGACAGAAGCUCGGGGAGCUCACAGAUCUGCACGGGCUGCGAAGGAUCUUUAAGGAGGUCCGGAAGGACAAAGGCCAGGAUGACUUUCUGGGGAACGUGGUUCUGAGACUACAGGAUCUGCGCUGCCGGGAUGAUCAGUGGUACCCUCUAGAGCCUUGCACGGAGACCUACCCGGACCGUGGUCAGUGUCACCUCCAGUUCCAGUUCAUUCACAAGCGGAGAGCCACCAUGGCCAGCCGCUCGCAGCCCAGCUACAGAGUGCAUCUCCACCUGCUGCAGCAGCUCGUGUCCCACGAGGUCACCCAGCACCAGGCGGGCAGCACCUCCUGGAAUGGGUUGCUGAGCCCCCAGGCUGCCACCGUCCUCUUCCUCCACUCCACGCAGAAGGACCUGUCCGACUUCCACCAGUCCAUGGCGCAGUGGCUGGCCUACAGCCGUCUCUACCAGAGCCUGGAGUUCCCCAGCAGCUGCCUCCUGUACCCCAUCACCAGCAUCGAGUACCAGUGGAUCCAGGGCCGGCUCAAGGCAGAGCAGCUGGAGGAGCUGGCCGCCUCAUUCAGCUCCCUGCUGGCCUAUGGCCUCUCCCUCAUCCGGAGAUUCCGCUCUGUCUUCCCCCUCUCCGUCUCCGACUCCCCAGCCCGGCUGCAGUCUCUCCUCAGGGUCCUGGUACAGAUGUGCAAGAUGAAAGCCUUUGGAGAACUGUGCCCCGAAAGAGGCCCCCUGCCCCGCCUGGUGACCGAGGCACUGCAGACUGGCACCACUGAAUGGUUCCACCUGAAGCAGCAGCACCGUCAGCCCAUGGUGCAGGGCAUGCUGGAGGAGGGCAAGGCCUUACUGGACCUGGUACAAGACAUCAUUGGCGACCUGCACCAGUGCCAGCGCACCUGGAGCAAGAUCUUCCAUAAUGUCCUCAAGAUCGACCUCUUCUCCAUGGCUUUCCUGGAGCUGCAAUGGCUGGUGGCCAAGAGGGUGCAGGACCACAUUGCUGUGGUGAGCGGUGCCGUGACCCCGGAGAUGGGCGAAAGUCUGUUCCAGCUCUACAUCAGCCUGAAGGAGCUCUACCAGCUGGGCCCGGUCCUCUCGGAGAGGGAUGGCGUCCUGGCCCUGGAAGGCUUCCACCACUGGUUCCAGCCGGCCAUCCCCUCCUGGCUGCAGAAGACGUACAGCGUGGCCCUGGAGCGGGUGCAGCGCGCUGUGCAGAUGGACGAGCUGGUGCCCCUGGGUGAACUGACCAAGCACAGCACAUCGGCUGUGGACCUGUCCACCUGCUUUGCCCAGAUCAGCCACACUGCCCAGCAGCUGGACUGGCCUGACCCAGAGGAGGCCUUCAUGAUCACCGUCAAGUUUGUGGAGGACACCUGUCGGCUGGCCCUGGUGUACUGCAGCCUUAUAAAGGCCCGGGCCCGUGAGCUCUCUGCCGGCCAGAAGGACCAGGGCCAGGCAGCCAACAUGCUGUGCGUGGUGGUGAACGACAUGGAGCAGCUGCGGCUGGUGAUCGGAAAGCUGCCCACCCAGCUGGCAUGGGAGGCGCUGGAGCAGCGGGUAGGGGCCGUGCUGGAGCAGGGGCAGCUGCAGAACACGCUGCAUGCCCAGCUGCAGGGCGCCCUGGCUGGGCUGGGCCAUGAGAUCCGCACUGGCGUCCGCACCUUGGCCGAGCAGCUGGAGGUGGGCAUUGCCAAGCACAUCCAGAAACUCGUGGGCCUCAAGGAAUCCGUCCUGCCUGAGGAUGCCGUUCUGCCCCUGAUGAAGUUCCUGGAGGUGGAGCUCUGCUACAUGAACACCAACUUGGUGCAGGAGAACUUCAACAGCCUUCUGACCUUGCUGUGGACCCACACGCUCACGGUGCUGGCGGAGGUGGCCGCUUCCCAGCGGAGCUGCCCUCUGGCUUCUAGCAGGCUGAAGAUCGCACUACAGAACCUGGAGGUCUGCUUCUACGCAGAGGGCUGUGGCCUGCCGCCCGAGGCGCUGCACACGGCCACCUUCCAGGCUCUGCAGAGGGACCUGGAGCUGCAGGCGGCCUCCAGCCGGGAACUCAUCCAGAAGUACUUUUGCAGCCGCAUCCAGCAGCAGGCACAGACCACCUACGAGGAGCUCGGGGCCGUCACAGUCAAGGCCUCCUACCGCGCCUCCGAGCAGAAACUGCACGUGGAGCUGCUCAGCGCCUCCAGCCUGCUGCCCCUGGACUCCAAUGGCUCCAGCGACCCCUUUGUCCAGCUGACCUUGGAGCCCAGGCACGAGUUCCCUGAGCUGGCCCCCCGAGAGACCCAAAAGCACAAGAAGGAACUUCACCCACUGUUUGAUGAGACCUUCGAAUUCCUGGUGCCUGCUGAGCCAUGCCAGAAGGAUGGGGCGUGCCUUCUGCUCACGGUGCUGGAUCACGACACGCUGGGGGCUGAUGACCUCGAAGGGGAGGCCUUCCUGCCGCUGUGCUCGGUGCCGGGCCUGACGGGGACUGUGGAGCCCGGCGACGUGCCUCAGACCCGCCUGCCCCUCACCUACCCUGCACCCAACGGGGAUCCAAUCCUGCAGCUGUUAGAGAGACGGAAGGGGGACCGCGAGGCCCAGGUGUUUGUGCGGCUGCGGCGGCAGCGAGCCAAGCAGGCCUCCCAGCAUGCCCCGUGGCCAGGGCGGCAGCAGCGGGGCUUGGGUCCCUGGGAGGCCUGUGUUCCCCCCACCACAGCACAGCCCUCCCACCUGGCCUAACACUCCAGGAGGGCCCUGCAGGUCGGGGGAGCCCCAGUGUGCGGGGUUCCCGCUGCCAGAGCCGGGGCCCACAGUGAUGGGGGCCCCAUUCGCAGUAUUUAUACCCCCUCUUUCCUCCCCUCAGCCCCAGCCUCAGCAUUCUCUGCCAAGUCCAGCCCCUGGGGGAGCGGAGACAGCUGUCUGCACCCCUUACCCCUGCUCCCCUCGUAGGGAAAUGCUGCUCUGGCAGAGGAGGGGCUCAGCCCUUCCUCUCCUGGCAGGCCUGUUCCAGCCACUGAAGUGGGGGGCCAGGUGCCUUGGGCCCUAUUCUUCAGCAGCCAUAAUGAAGGGAGCCUGGGUCCUCUCCUGAGGGAGCUGCCGGCAACCAGGCUAAGGAGCCUAGGGCCAGGGGCCUUCUGGCUCUGAAGGGGUGAGAACUGGCGGGCAGAGGGGCAGGCACAGUUGGCUAUCUGCGUCUGCUGAGGACCGCUCCUCCUUGGGACACUACCUAGAAAUUUUCUUAGCAAAAAUAAAAACAUGAACAAUA